ACCAUCAACACUUGACCAGCAAAUUCGGAUGAGAUGAUGAGAUCUUUCUGAACAUUUCCCUUUAACAAAACAAGACUUUUAACGACCCCUUCACGAUAUUCAAGCUUACGACAAUAAACUAUACCCCAACUUUAACAAAACACCUGACCUCUUUCACGGACUAGGAGAUUUACGACAAAAUGAAACCAUUCACCACCUCCAUUGGCAUUGCUAUUCUGCUUCUUCUUGGAACAUUCGCUCAUGCCGCUCCAAUGCCAUCACCUGUUCAACGCAGAGCACCGGCAAACGGCGUGGUAGGAAGCUCUGCACAACCUACCCCACAACCAAGAGGAUUGGCAUCGGAUGCGAGUGCGAACGAAGUGUUUGAAUUUUACAAACCGGUUGCCAGAUUGGCAGAAGGAAGAGAUGUCAAUGCGAGGGAGGAAGGGCUGAACUAUGCUGCCAUGGGUGCGAGAGAGGCAAUGAAGAGAAAGUUGAUGGCAGAGGCGGAAUUGAGUCCAAGUCCGGUAGAAAGAAGUGACACGCCGAGUGUUCCUCUAUCGCAACUUGGUCCUCCGUCAUUCCCUGCUCAAUAUCCUAGUUGCUAUAACUGUCAACAAAAGUACUCUUCUUUAAGCUCGUGCAUGGAAGCAGCAUCCGUUUUCCAAAAUGCAACAAGUAUCUUCAAUUCACCCUUGAGUUACAUUGCGGUAAUUAAAUGUGCAUGUACGGAUACGUUUCAAGCCGUUUAUCCACAAUGCGUUCAAUGUUUUCAAAUGACGGAUCAAUGUUAUUAUUUGGGUACAGAUCCAAAAGGAACAGGUGCACCAGAAAUAGUGACAAACAUUCGACAAAUUUGUGCAUUCGGAAGUUCUUUACUUGGGGGUGCAGAAAAAGCAAAUUAUCCUUACAGCAAUAACACUUUUACACCUUCCGUCGUACCUGCUUAUACGGACGUCACACAAGGUGGAGCAGGAUAUGAAGACCAAGCGACAGGUGCAAUCUUUGGAGGUGCAAUGCAAGUUUCUGCACCUGCCGUUUUGCCGUUCCUAUUGAUGACUUCUUUUGCUUGCUUGGUUGCUCUAGUGUUUAUUUGAUCUUUGUACAUUUUAAUUUCCGAAAUGAUAUUUCAUGCGUUC